UGUGGGUGGUUCUUAGCCAUAAUCUCUUGAUUCGCACUACCUGGGGCCAUACGAGUGUGUGCGUGGGUCAAUUAUCGGGAAAUGCCGUCCAGCUUACGUUAUGUGAUUGAUUAGCGGGAAAUUCAACGUACCGUCGACUUAGGGCCUGUUAAUUCUAACGCUUAGUUAGGCAGCCCAGACAGUUGGGGGCGUUUGGCUAUUGGAAUACAAUUACCGGGCCUGAGGCGAAAUUUAUGCUCACUUCUUGGAACUCAGAUGGGGGGUUUUCAAGCUAGCUUUGGCCCACUUGACCUUGCCUUGACAGAGCUUUUAUUGGGUUUUUUCAGCUAAUUGAGCGAAUUCUUAAUUGACGGCCUUGAUCUUUUGUGCGCCGCAAAUUGACAAAGUGUGUUGCAGUAGAUUUCAUUUAAAUUUAACAACCGUUAUUUAAAAAUUAUACUAGAGGAGGUAUAAAAAAGUAUAUACUGAUUUAAUACUAAAUAAUAACUAUACACCAGUAACAUACUAGUUUCAAUUCUACACCCUUUGUGGUGUAUAUGGAUUUGUGAUACAAAAAUGAUGAUAAAAAAAUAUUUGUUAGUGCCAGACUAAGUUUAAAAAGUUUGUUAAAUGCAAGAGCCACAGGUGUAAAAAGGAAUGGUUCCUAUAAAUAUUAUAAUAUUAUAUUAUUAUCAAAAAAUAAGUCAAUAUGAGUUUGUAAUCUACACAGAGAAAUCUAACAAUGGUUUUAGGUGUAAAAACGGGUUUGCGCCAUUUAGAAAAAAACCCUACUACAAGUUUAGUUGUACUUUUACUUUUAAUGAUGUUUUUGUUAAAACGUCGCAUGUUACAAAAAAAUUCUCUGUGUAGUUGCUUUGAAAAAUAUGUCACAUUCGAAAUAUAAAUUGUAAAAUCUCGGUAUAUCAACAGAAGCGUUUGACAGUUGACUUAUUCGUGGGCCUGACACAAUAAAUAGACCGGUAGUACUUGCACCCUUAGACAACAGGUCUAAAUUUGUAGUGUCUAUUCUUGGAAUUCCCUAAUGCCAGCUACUGAAGAUAUUCUGAAUUCGAAAAUGAUCUUUCCGCUGACCGAACCGCAGUGGUCCGCCUGGUGCUCCGCAUUCUACGAAUCUCCGCAGAAUCGUCUGGCCCAGAAUGUAUGUACCGCUCGAGAUCCCAUCAAUGUGUGUCUGCGAUCCGAAGCGGACUUGUGUUCCAUAGUAUCCGGCGACAAGACAUGGCAUGAGGUGGGUACGCAGGGAAAGGGGACCACUGGAGGUCCAGGAUGGAUUUGCACGGGUCUGGACUUGCUGCGUCAGGAAAUGGAUAGAAAGUUUCCACUUCCGGCGGACUUUGAACUCUCCGCAGCGCAUUUGUUUUUCUGGCACAAACUGGAGAGAUGCAACUACUUCUUGUGGACAACUGCUGAUCUGCUGAUGCAAUGCGAACCGCUGGAUGGUCGUUGCUUCCGCCACUUUAUGAAGAAUGCGGUUCCAGAUGGCGGCAAUUGGCAGAUGUUCGUUAAUCUGGUGAAGAAAUAUGGUUUGAUGCCCAAGAAAUGUUACCUGUCCAACCAGCGAAGUCGUCGAAUGAACAUUAUGCUGAGAAGUAAGCUUCGUGAGUAUGCUAGCAUGCUGCAUGCCCAGUUCACAUUUGAUGGCGAUGGCCAGCGCCUGCCGGAGCUGAUUCAAGAAAUGAUUCCGAAUCUCUUCAACAUGGUGAGCAUUUGCCUGGGCGAACCCCCCGAGGUUUUCAACUGGACAUUCUACGACCACAAGAAGCGGUACCAGUGCCUUAAUGACUUGACAGCAGUGCAUUUCUACGAGGUGAUGGUGGCAUGUAACGUCGAUCUGGACGCCUUCGUUUGCCUUGGUCAUGAUCCUCGAAUGUCCUCAAUUUCCCAGGGGAACUACCAGAUCACCCACAGCUCCAAUAUGACAGGAGGUCAGCCGCAUAGAUAUAACAACCAAUCUAUGGAGGUCAUAGUUCAGAUCAUAGUGGACUCUCUGGCCGGCAACAAGCCCGUUUGGCUAGGCUGUGACCUGAGCAGCAUAUUAAGUACAAAAACUGGACCAUUAAGUCUACAAUCGCAUAGAUUUGAUUUGAUGUUUGGCUUUAAAGUGGGUGACUCCCUUAGCAAAGCAGAGAGACUACUCUACAAAGAAUCCCGUAAGGAUGCCACCGUACUGCUCACCUCUGUUGCGUUGGACUCUAUAAAAGAGCCCAUAGAAUUCCGCUCAAUGAGUGCUUCUGUUAAUGGCAAAAGCGAAUCCACCACGACCCUUAAUGAAGCUGAUGAGGCCGAGAAAAAUAAGGAAAAUGAUAAGGAUGAGGAACUCAAGAAGAAGUCGGCAAAAAACCAGGCCAUCACCAUAGACGCAGACUGGCUGAAAGAGUACGGCUUCGAAAUUGUGGUCCACGAGAAAUUUGUGCCUCCAGGAGUCUUACAUGCCAGUAGAAUAUCAAAAGCCACGGAGCUGCCCGCUUGGGAUCCGAUGGGAGCGUUACUUAAUUAAAAUUAAGGAUUUAAUCUAACUCCUUAGACUCGCAGAUUUAAAGGCAACAUUAGCUUUAGUUUCAAGUACACUUAUCUAACUAUUUCUCAGUUAAACACUUUUCUAUUAAAUU